AUGCCCCAGCGCUACCUCUCCCCCAUCUUCGGCUCUUCUUUGUGGUUGGCAUCCAUUGCGUUGAUGGUGCAGCCCUUGAUAUCCACAGCUGCUACCUACAGGAGACCUGUAUCGGGAGGGAAACGACGGGGGUUUAUGGAAAGAACGCUAAUUCUCCUAGACGUGAACACUCGGAGUCCGGUUAAGAUUCUAAAUGAAAACUUCCUCUCCUUACAGUUGGACCCUUCUAUCAUUAAAGACGGGUGGCUGGACUUCUUAAGCUCCAAACGCCUGGUGACGCUCGCGCGGGGACUCUCUCCAGCCUACCUGAGGUUUGGAGGCAAGAGGACUGACUUUCUUCAGUUCCACAACCUGAAGAAUUUGGCCAAAUUCAGAGGGCCAGGCCCAGACUACUACCUGAAGAACUAUGAAGAUGAUAUCGUGCGGAGCGACAUAGCCCUGGACAAGCAGAAGGGGUGCAAGCUGGCAAACCACCCCGAGAUGAUGCUGGAGCUGCAGCGAGAGAAGGCUGCCCAGAUGCAGCUGGUCCUCCUGAAGGAGCAGCUCUCCAACAUCUACAGCAACAUCACGAUAACAGCCAGGUCUUUAGACAAACUCUAUAACUUUGCCGACUGUGCUGGCCUGCACUUGAUCUUCGGGCUCAACGCCUUGCACCGCAAUCCUGACUACUCAUGGAAUGGCUCCAGUGCACUCAGCUUGCUCAAGUACAGUGCCGGCAAGAAAUACAACAUCUCUUGGGAGCUGGGGAAUGAGCCCAACAGUUACCGCACCAUGGUGGCGCGCACCCUCAACAGCAGCCAGCUGGCACAGGACUACAUCCAGCUGCGGACGCUGCUGCAGUCAGUGCGUUUCUACAGCCGCGCUAGCCUCUAUGGGCCCAACAUCGGACGCCCCCGGAAAAACGCCAUCCUGCUGCUAGAGGGGUUCAUGAAGAAUGCUGGCUCUAUUGUUGAUGCAGUUACGUGGCAACAUUACUUCAUUGAUGGCCGGGUGGCAAAGGUGGAGGACUUCAUGAAGACACGACUGCUAGACACACUGACAGAGCAGAUCACCAAAGUGCUGAAGGUUGUGAAGACGCACGCCCCUGGUAAGAAGGUCUGGUUGGGCGGAGUAGGGCCGGCAUGGGCAGGGGGCACCAAUAAUCUGUCAGACACUUACGCUGCUGGAUUUCUAUGGCUGAAUACACUGGGCAUGUCUGCCAUGCAGGGUAUCGACGUUGUCCUUCGACACUCUUUCUUUGACUAUGGCUACAACCAUCUCGUGGACCAGCAUUUCAACCCUUUACCUGACUACUGGCUUUCCCUGCUCUUCAAACGCCUGGUGGGUCCCCGGGUCCUAGCUGUGCAUGUGGCUGGUCUGCAGAGAAAGCCACGGCCGGGCCGAGUGAUCCGAGACAAGCUGCGCAUAUACGCACACUGCACAAGCUUCCAUAAUCAUAAUUAUGUGCGAGGAUCCAUAACCAUCUACAUAAUAAAUCUCCACCGGUCAAGGAAGAAAAUCAAGCUAGCUGGGACUUUACGCAACAAAACAGUCCAUCAGUACCUGUUGCAGCCCCUGGGAGCAGAUGGACUCCAGGCCAAGUCUGUGCAGCUAAAUGGGGAGCCCCUGGUCAUGGUGGACGACGAGACAUUCCCGGAGCUGAAGCCGAGGACGCUGCGAGCUGGGAGGACAAUAGCCAUGCCCCCCAUGGCCAUCGGCUUCUACGUCAUCAAGAACAUCAACGCCUAUGCCUGCCGCAGAUAA